CGGUAUUCAAAUUUCCCCCAGCCAACAUCACGUGAACUUGCACGAUUGGCUAGUCGAGCAGGGAGACGUUUUAUUGUGGCGUCUACGAUGAUGAAAUUUAUCGAUGAUGGAUAUCAUGAUCCCCGAGAUCGGCUCCAUCUCAUGCUGGAGUUUACUAGCGAGUUGCUCCCAGGAACGGAAGUUUACAAAUUGUAUGACCGUAUUCUCGCCACAUGUACCAACCCCGCGCGAGCAUACUUGCACUUGUCUGUUGUUGCCUCCCUUGCAGAUCCUUUGUCAAUCUCACAAAUCUCGGAGCUUCUUGGCCCUGGUGAGGGCAGGGAUGUCGAGACAGUAUUGGUGCAGUUACGGUCGGUGAUGGAUAUUCCUACUGAGAGCAGUCUCCCCGUGAAUAUCCAUCAUUCCUCAGUCCGUGACUAUGUUUCCGAC